AUGGACAGAUCAUUGAUCUGUGUGCUGCUACCCACUGCUGUCCUGCUUUGCAACACUGCCCCAGUGAUGAGUAAGCACGGCGAGUCAGACGCUCAAUGCCCGUUGAUGGUGAAGAUUUUGGAUGCGGUGAAGGGUGUACCAGCAGGCUCCGUGGCACUGAGUGUAUCCCGACGAGACGCCGAUGGAAUGAUCUGGGCACAGGUUGCUAGUAGAAUGACAGACGUGACAAGUACAUCAUUUGGACGGGGGUGUACCGUGUUGAGUUUGACUCUUGAGGCCUACUGGAAGUCUCAGGGAACCACGCAUUUCCACAAGACUGCCGAAGUGGUGUUCGAGGCCCACGCGGAGGGACAUCGUCACUACACCCUGGCCCUGUUGCGGAGUCCCUUCUCUUACACUACCACGGCUGUCGUGAUAAACGCACACACACACACCUGA